CUCUGGCACAGAGUCACACGUUGGGAAAUCUGCUGGAUGGUGCAACUGCUGAGCUGUGCAUUCACUUCUCAGGCUUGUGGACUGCUGUGGAUUAGCAGAGCCGACACUGUUCUAACGGACAGCUGAGAUUAGCGGUGGACUUGUCUCAACAAUAUUCAGGUAUUGGCUUCCUUGGACUUCUACAGAGGGUUCGCCUGAGAAAAUCUCCGUUUAACAUUAUAAACAAAUCGACUGGGAUUACUGAACUACCAAAACAACAGGGAUUUAUUGCAUAGACUGCCAAGAUGCCGAUUCUAAAGCCGCUGGUAGCUAACUCCAAUGCAUCCAAAAGGCGCUCCCGGGCUGAUCUCACGGCAGAAAUGAUAAGCGCCCCCUUAGGGGAUUUCCGGCACACCAUGCACAUAGGCAGGGCUGGAGAUGCCUUCGGAGACACAUCUUUCCUGAGCAAACCAGAGGAUCAGCAAGAACCUGAAGAAUCGACUUCCAAGCAGGGGCUAUUGUCCCGAACCUUUCGCAGCAGCAAGCGCUCCCUUUCAGUGACGAGAGGUGACCGCAGGGACAUGCUAGGGUCGCUCAGGGACUCCGCCUUGUUUGUGAAGAACGCCGUUUCUUUGCCUCAGCUGACCGAAAAAGAAGCAGAAAAAAACGCAAGCAAAAAGAUGCCGAAAAGUUUGUCUUCCAGCCCAGUAAAGAAGGUUCCCGAAGAGCCGCAACACAUGAACGGGGCAUCUGCUCGUAGCUCGGCAUUUAUUAAAGACCCGUAUUUAGCAGAGAAAGAGUUUGGAGAUCUAACGGACUUGCCGGAGACGGCUCCCAAAAGCACCUACGGCAUGAAACACGCCGAGUCCAUCAUGUCGUUUCAUAUCGACUUGGGCCCAUCCAUGUUGGGCGAUAUAUUGAGCAUCAUGGACAAGGAUCCGUGGGAGCAGGAGUUUGACCUAAGUCUUGACAAACCGGAUGGAAAUGGUGCCAACAACAUCAAACAUUCUAUGCCUUCUAAGCCAACAGGUCCCUCAACAAAAGCCGAACAUGGCAGCCUUCCUACAUCCAGCAGAAACAACAAAAUUCAGCCAACCAAAGAAUACCAUUCGGUUUCCAGAGGUUCCUCAGGAAUCCCAGAGGAGAAACCAAGAAAAGGAAGAGACUUCUCCUUUGUGGACGAGGAGGAGGAUGAAAUAAGGGUGUAGGAACUAGUGACUUUAGUUUUAACACAGUUGACAAGCUAACCAAGAGAAGGUCAGACUGGCUUAUUCCCGCUUUGAUUUGCGCUCAGGACAUUGGGAUUGUUCCAGGAAUUGUCCCCAUUAUCUGGGAGGUCUACAGAAGCCAUUUUGGAGUUCUGUAGGCAUCGUACAAAGCGAUAGCAAUAACACCCAACAUUUUCGAAAGGUAGAGCGCCUACUUCGAAGGCUCAAAAGAGGCCAAGGUUUGACCAAUGUGGAUCACUAGCCAGAGCCACCCAAACACGAUGGGAAACUUUCCUGAAACACUACGAAGAGUCAGAAGGAAAACAUCUACAUGCAAAAUAGGAAAAUGCUACACGAGACGUUUUUAUGUCCGUUUAAAGGAUCCAAAAAAUAAAAAAACUAUGGAAAUUUAUCACUACAGCUUCUUUGUUUACCCGAAAUGUACUUCUGUGGCUGCCUAUUUUUUUUUUUUUUUUUUUAUCCAAAACUUCCAGUUUUUGCUGUUUCUACCCACAUUUUUGGUUGUUUUUUCUACCCAUGUUUUUGUAUGUUCCACCUUUCCUCGAAACCCCCAACCUCCUUUUUUGAAAAAUUGCUAUAGAAGCCUUUUAUGAUGUCAGGUUUGAAACCGGAGCUCCUGUUCAGCUGUUGUGCCUGUAAAGUAUAUUUUUGGAACUUUAUUUUCCAAUAAACGGUGUUCCGGCGACUGGAAGUCACAUUGACGUGGUGGGACUCCCGUCCACGUGUGACACGCAUGUAUAUAGACAAUCAGUUUUACUAUAGAGGGGGCUGUGACUUUUUUUUUUUUGUUUGUUUUUUUAAACCACCAAAUGCAGCCGCGUGGCAACGGAUGGGAACGUCAGAAGAGCGCCGACGUUUGGGAAUUUAAUAGGACCGCUUUUGGGAAGGUUCUACAACACUAGUCACAUGUUCCGUGUGAUGUCACCCCCUAGAAUUCUUUGCUAUUUAUUAACCUUUGCCAGUGAAGUGUACCAUACCAACUCCUUUAGCAGAGAUGACAUUUUUCCUGUGGGAAUGAUACUAAUCUUUAGAGGAACUUAUCCCUAAACAAGUAAAAAAAAAAAACUUCUUGUGUACAAGGAGGUUAUUUUUUUUUGUAUUAUUUAUGGUGCUUGGAGUAAAAUAAAAGUGACACUAUGCA